AUGACUUGUAGUUUUUUUACGACCUGUUAUAUCGUCAGCGCAGAAUCGCUACGAGAAGAUCUCCUCAUAAACAUCGACUCUCAUGGCCAAAACCUCCUCCGCGCAGUGAGGCUCGACCUUCUGCUGAAAAACGUGCCGCCGGGACUGGCGCUUGGCUCCUGCCUGAUUCUGGGGUGUUGUCUAUCAUCAUACACCCACCGCCGACGGGAUCGGGAUCCGUACCAACCCCUCGUGUUCGCCGCCUGGAUCAUCUGGGCCGUGUUCAUCGGCUGGGGCACGGGAAUCAGCGCCAACGUGGUCACACUAGGCGUCAUACCAUGGGCUUCGUGUGCCGCCAUGCUUAGUAGCUUCUUCAUACACGUAGGGGCGCGCUGGGUCACGAACAGAGAAAGGUGUCAGGGCGUAUAUGCUCUAAGCGUGGUAGACGAAAAAGAGAUCUUCUUAUAUUCGUGA